AUGGCCUCAUCGGAUCUCUCUGGUCAAGCACAGCAUUCGGCUGCUGCCACCAGGUCUCUAACCGCAGCGGGCCAAAACACCGCCACCAAACAAGAGCAACCCGCCCCCGACUUGAUGGUCUACUUCCCACGCAAAGGCUGGAUUGAAACAGUCGACUUCCUCUUCAUGGACCCUGAGGAGGAGGGCUCGCAGCAUGAGCCACCCACAGAUCCGCGAGAGGUCUCCAGAAGUUGGAAGGCAACGGGGAAGCCGUGUACCGAAGAGCUCCGCAGAGCCACACGUAGGGACCCUCCCCCUGCAGGGAAGGAGGAUCUCUUCUUUGUUUUCCGAGGCGCGGUCAAUAAGGGGACGUGGAGAUUCCAACUUGGCGAAGGACAUGGCAAGAUUGAACAAGGGGGCCGACUACUCCAGGUCUUCCCUCGAGAAAAGGUGUCGAAAGAGUUUCCAGAUGACGAGUACAAUGAUAGCGCUUACUUCAAGCUGAGGGCGAUCCUGCUGGACCUGAAGAACCCGGAGAGCAAGACGUGGGAGGAGGAGUUGCGUGAUGUCGCGGUCCCUGGUAGCCGGACAAGACUACUCCCGGGUGACCCGUCGCGAGAAAUCCAGAUCGGGUUCAAACCAGCACACCAGGGUCCGAUGUAAACGUGGCCUCUGUCC